CGUGGCUCUUCUGGGGGCGCUUGUGUGUCAGGGGCGGGCCGACCUCAGCAGGGCGGGUCUUUGUAGUUUUCAAGCACGUGAAGCAAUGAAAAACUUAACUGUCUACGGGUUUGUCUAUGGUCUCAGCCGCUGCCUGCCUCCUCCGCAACCUCACUCUGCAGUUUACUUGAGUGAAGACUGAAGGGAAACUGUUUUUACACCGACGGAGACCGCAGACUACUGUUACUGAAAACAUGGCAUCCUCGGAGCUUGCACUUUUGAGUGUGUCAGACAAGACUGGACUGGUGGACUUUGCCAAAAGGAUGGUGGAUGUUGGACUGUCCCUGGUCGCUUCAGGUGGCACAGCCAAAGGCCUGCGUGAUGCUGGGCUGGCUGUCAGGGAUGUGUCUGAGCUGACUGGACAUCCAGAGAUGCUGGGAGGCAGAGUGAAGACCCUUCAUCCUGCUGUCCAUGGGGGCAUCCUGGCCAGGAAAACCCCCACUGACAGCGCAGACAUGGAGAAGCUGGGCUACAGCCUGGUCCGAGUGGUGGUGUGCAACCUUUACCCAUUUGUGAAGACCGUCUCUAACCCGAGUGUUACGAUGGAAAAUGCUGUGGAGCAGAUAGAUAUCGGUGGCGUAACUCUGUUAAGAGCAGCGGGCAAAAAUCAUGCUCGAGUCACUGUAGUGUGCGAUCCUGCUGACUAUUCGCUGGUUGCCAAGGAGAUGGAGAGUUCAGGAGACAAAGAUACAACCGUAGAAACACGCAGGACUCUGGCCCUCAAAGCCUUCACACACACAGCACAGUAUGAUGAGGCUAUAUCGGACUACUUUCGUGGACAGUACAGCCGAGGUGUUUCCCAGCUGCCUCUGCGCUACGGCAUGAACCCUCACCAAGCACCCGCCCAACUCUACACUCUGCGCCCAGCCCUCCCCCUCAAAGUUGUCAACGGUUCCCCCGGCUUCAUCAACCUGUGUGAUGCUCUGAACGCCUGGCAGCUGGUCAGAGAGUUAAAGAGCGCCCUCGGCAUGGCUGCUGCCACCUCCUUCAAACACGUCAGCCCUGCUGGAGCUGCAGUAGGAGUUCCUCUGACUGAGGAGGAAGCCAGAGUGUGCAUGGUGCAUGACAUGCUGAAGGAUCUCACCCCGCUGGCCACGGCCUACGCCAGGGCAAGGGGUUCGGACAGGAUGUCUUCUUUUGGAGACUUCAUUGCUGUGUCAGAUGUUUGUGACGUUCCCACCGCCAGGAUUAUAUCAAGAGAGGUGUCCGAUGGGAUCAUUGCGCCUGGUUAUGAUGAGGAGGCACUCAAGAUCCUUUCUAAGAAGAAGAAUGGCAACUACUGUGUGCUUCAGAUGGAUCCUGACUACGAGCCUGAUGAGGCCGAGGUGAGAGUGCUGUUUGGUCUCUAUCUCAAACAAAAGAGGAACGGAGCACUCAUCGAUAAGGAGUUCUUCAACAACGUUGUUUCCAAGGGAUCGCUGUCAGAGGAAGCUGUGCGUGACCUCGCUGUGGCUACCAUCGCUGUGAAGUACACUCAGUCCAACUCUGUCUGCUACGCUAAAAAUGGACAGGUUGUUGGUAUAGGAGCGGGUCAGCAGUCUCGUAUCCACUGCACACGCCUGGCAGGAGACAAAGCUGAUAACUGGUGGCUGAGACACCACCCUCGUGUCCUGAACAUGAAGUUUCGCAGUGGAGUGAAACGAGCGGAGAUGGCCAACGCAAUCGACCAGUAUGUCAGUGACACCAUUGGAGAGGGCCCAGACCUUGCAGUUUGGAAGUCGAUGUAUGAAGAGGUGCCCGAGCCUCUGUCAGAGACUGAAAAGACCAACUGGAUCAGCUCCCUGCAGGCCGUGGCCGUCAGCUCUGACGCCUUCUUCCCCUUCAGAGAUAACAUAGAUCGUGCCAAACGGAGCGGUGUUGAGUACAUUGCAGCUCCAGCUGGCUCUGCUGCUGACAAGGUUGUGAUUGAUGCCUGUAAUGAGCAGGGCAUCACUCUGGUGCACACCAACCUGCGGCUCUUCCACCACUGAGCACCUUCUGAACACUACUGCAGGUGUUCUUUCAACUCAACUUGCAGUUUUGCAUCAUUAGAGUCAAAUAUGUUUUCUAACAUUGAUACUCAAAACAUUCCUUCACCAUGCUCAAGUGUAGCGGUCACAAAUGCACUGUUGGUAACACAUUUAGUGCAUUCCCUACUUGUGACCCUAACAUUAGAGAGAGAUACAGUAACUGUUUACGUUUAUUCCAGGUCAGUUGUGUGUGAAAUAAAUAUUGUUAAUGACA